GAGCCGCUUUCGGUGUUCUACUGCCGCGUAGCAGCGGCAGCGGCACCGACGGCAUCCCAAAAGGCAGCGACGUCUGGGUCGGACUUGGAGGCCCCGGGGAUCGGUGGCCAGGCUGAGCUCCUCCCAGAGUCCCAGUACGCCUCCGGAGUCCGGAUCCGCGGAGCCAGGCUGAGCUGCUCCCGUGGUCUACUCUCCAGUACGCGGCUCGGCAGGGACCGGGAGCGAGGACGAGCGUCCUGCGUCGACGGGAUCGGCGUGCCAGGGGAGCGCUGAAAUCUGCGCUUCCGUCUCCGGACGGCCGAUGCCAGGCCUUGCUCGGGAGAGGUAGCAAACGAAACAUGGAGCUGAGGCGGCUGCUGCUGCUUGCGCUCAUCUGCCUGCGUGCUCCCCGUUUGGCUUCGGCUCAGCAGCCGGAUGAGGCGACGGUCAUAGUUAAGGGCUCCACUAGGAUUGCGGAAACGGAUGACAACUACGUCUGUGCUACAAUUGAUUGGUGGCCGCCGGAGAAGUGCAACUACAAUCAGUGCCCAUGGGGCCAGGCGUCAAUUCUUAAUCUGGAUCUGGAUCACCCGUUUCUGGCUCAGGCCAUUCAAGCAUUUGACCAUUUGAGGAUUAGGCUGGGAGGCUCCUUGCAAGACCGAGUUGUUUAUGAUGUGGGAACAGAAAGUCCAUGCUCCCCAUUUACAAAUGUAUCCAAUGCCUUGUUUGGUUUCUCAGUUGGUUGCCUUGGUAUGGAUAGGUGGGACAAACUGAAUGACCUAUUCGAGAGAACAGGAGCAAUUGUCACAUUUGGUGUGAAUGCACUCUACGGGAGGUAUAAUGUUCGACGUUCCAUCUGGGCAGGCAAAUGGAAUUCCACUAAUGCAUAUGAUUUUGUAAAAUACACAAUCUCAAAGGGAUACCCAGUUGGCUCUUGGGAAUUUGGCAAUGAGCUGAGUGGGCAUGGAAUCGGAGCAAAAGUUGAUGCUAAACUUUAUGGAAAAGAUGUAAUUGAAUUUAAAUCCAUCCUUCGGCAAUUGUAUAAGGCACCACUGUCCCAGCCACUCCUGUUAGCCCCGGGAGGGUUCUUUGAUCAACAGUGGUAUUCUCAGCUACUUGAGACUUCAGGUCAUGGUGUUGUUAAUGCCUUAUCUCACCAUGUAUAUAAUCUUGGUGGAGGGAAUGAUGUUCAUCUUAUAAGGAAGAUCUUAGACCCAAAGUACUUGGAUCGUGCUGAAGAUACUUACAGAGACAUGCAACUUACCAUCCAAAGGCAUGGAACAUGGGCUUCUGCUUGGGUCAGUGAAAGUGGCGGUGUAUUCAACAAUGGUGGUCAACUGGUGUCAAAUACAUUCAUCAACAGUAUCUGGUAUCUAGAUCAGCUUGGGAUGGCAUCUAAGUACAACACAAAAGUGUUCUGCAGACAGACUCUCAUCGGUGGCAACUAUGGACUGCUCGACACGCAAACUUUUCUGCCAAAUCCUGAUUACUACAGCGCUCUACUAUGGCAUCGGCUUAUGGGCAAUGGAGUUCUUUCAGUUGAUAUAAACGCACCGCGUCAAAUACGCGCUUAUGCUCAUUGUAGGAAACAACAGCAAGGCAUCACGAUUCUGUUGAUCAACCUGAGCAACACUACUGGAUACAACGUCACUCUCCAGAACGACAUCAACGUCAGCUUGGGCAAAAGACCUGACCUUGAGAAGCGCAGUUCUUUCACGCACAGGCUCAGGAAAGCAGUCUCAUGGCUGGGGAGGAAACCAGCAAGCAACACCAGGAGGCGGGAGGAGUACCAUCUGACCGCCAAGGACGGCGAUCUCCAGAGCAAAACGAUGCUGCUCAACGGGGCCCCGUUGGAACUUGGAGACGCUGGCAGCAUUCCAGCUAUGGAUCCGGUGCUCGUCGCCGUUGAUUUGCCGGUGCAGCUAGCACCAACAUCCAUCGCCUUCGUAGUCCUACCCAAGUUUGAGGCCAAGGCUUGUUCUUGACACAUGAGCUCUUGAAAUCAGUUUUUUUUUGUGUGUGCCUUGAAAUGUUCCAUAGACCUAUUUCGUGAAAGAAAUCAUACAACGCGGCAC